AUGAUUACUCUAUUUCGAAAGUUGUGCUUACAGUCCGAUCCUCGAAAUCAUCCCAUUUUCGUAGGUCCGUCCUAUUCCGACUCGAUCGCUCCGCCUUUCGAGGGUCGAGUUCGUGUUCACGGCUCCGACUCGGUCUAUCCUGUGACCAGUCGUAUGCCGCUUCCGUUCCAUACACGUACCCGUGGUUGGCGUGCUCAAGCACCCCUUUGGUUUCGUGUGAACAAGAAUCCCAUUUCUUCUGCUCUUCCGGGUAGUCAAAUUUAUAUCCAGGAUCCGGAUACAGGUGACAAAGCUGUGCUGACUUAUGGCUUCUCUCGUUGGAUACCUUACGCGAUCAGGAGGUCCCAGCUUCCGUUCGUGCUUUCUUUUUCGGGUGCAGCCUUGCUUCGCUCACCAGAUCGCCGACCAGGGCUACUGGAUGCCGUUGGUCGUGGUGCCCGCAUUAGGGAACUGGGCUUUCCCGAGGCGCUUACUUAUGGGUAUCAUUUGGAUUCUCGCUUUAUUCUUCUGGUGUGCCUCCUGCUGGGUUUUUCAUUAUAUUGUUCCGUAGUUCCCCGUAUCUUUCUUGAAGCCCCUGAAGUCAUAUGUUCACCUGAUCUUGGUGAACUUAUUAAGGUAGGUAAAGAUACCUACUUUAAUCACAUUUGCACUGCACAUGGCACCCCAAGUCCAUGUAGUUGUGGGGAGCCGCUUAACAAGGCACUUCCUAUUCUCCUUAACUCAAAAGAACUUCCCUUCGAUCCAUUAGGUGCAGGUGUUAAGAGUCGUGCUGCUGGUGUGGCUGUAUUUCUGGGUGCAGUUGUUCUCAGCUUAGCUCUUUCCGAGUCUGUGUGUGUAGAUAAGAGAAAAUGUUGUGCUAGGUGGGAAAGUGAGACUCCCCUCGAAAGGAGUCGAACGUUCCUUCAUAAGGGCAAUUUCUCAAUGAAAGGGGCUCUUUCUUCCCCUGCCCCUGCUGAUGAGUCAACUGCUCCUUCUAAUGUGACUCCUAUAGGCGAUGAUCCCCCGCUCGAAACACUUCCACAAGACCGAUGCCUCACAUCGGAUUAA